AUGAUGAAAGAAACAAUACGUGAAAAACUUGGCAACAAUUAUUCAACUUUAAUCGUUGAUGGAAAUUCGACGGAGACCACGAAAACAAUCAAACUACAGCUCAAAAAACUAUCUACAAAAAACCGUCGAAAAAAAACAAAAAAACCAUACUUAAUGAUAUUUUAUUUCGAAAAUGGAGAUGUUUCUGUCUCACCACCUCGUCGUCGUCUCCGUCGUAAUCAUAAGCAAUCAACAGAGAAUAGUCAUGAUGCUGAAACAAUGACAUCACUUCAUGAUCAUGCAUCAUCAAUUGAUAGAGCAAGCUCAAAUGAAGUCAUUAAAGAUGUUGAUUUUAAUCAAUUUAUUUUCUUCUUCAGACUAAACAUCAAUGCACAUAAUAUAUCAUCAUAUACAGAAGAAAAUAGAGAUAAAACAAUUAUUCAAAUAACAACAAUAAAAAAUGAUUCAUUUGUUGAUCAUCAAUUGAAGUCAAUCAGUGAUAAUCAAUGUUUCAAUGAUAUUGUACCAUUUAGUGACUUAUCAAAUGCCAUUUUAUCACAUAAUCAUCUUCAUUACAAUAUUGAUAAAUUGACGAUUAAAGAUAUUGCACCAGAUAAUAAUCAAUUAAAAGAUAUUAAUAUUUUACCAAUUAAUGGCUGUUCAUCUAAUGAUAAUUCAUUAUUAGAUGAUAAUGUUGCCGAAUCUCAAGAUGAUACAGAAAAUGAAAAUAGUUUGACAUUACCUAGUCUUAUAAUGAAAUUACAAAAAGAAAGAAAUCAAGUAAAAGAAAAGAUUGAUUCUCAAAUUGAACAAGCUGCUGCUGAAUUAAAAGAAAUCAGUAAUAAACUUAAUGAGUUAAUUCAAGCAAAAAAGAAAAAUGAAGAAUAUAUGAAUAAAAUCAAUGAAUUGACACAACGGAAAGAAAAGUAA